UGGUGCGGGUGGAGGCGGCCACUCGCAUCCUCCCGGCGUCCCGAGGCUGAGCCCCGCCCGGCAGCGAGGCGGGCGCUGGGACCCGGCGCGGCUGUGAUGUCGCCCCGGACCCUGGCCGUGGUCGUUCUGUCCGUCGCGCUGGGACUGUUCUUUGUCUUCAUGGGGACCGUCAAGCUGACGCCGCGCCUCAGCAGGGAUGCCUUCAGUGAGAUGAAAAGAGCAUACAAGGAAUAUGCCAAGGCUCUCCCAGUGUUAAAGAAGAUGGGUAUCUCCUCGAUCCUGCUGCGGAAACUCAUCGGGACUCUGGAGGUGACGUGUGGGAUUGUCAUGACCCUGGUGCCUGGGAGACCCAAGGACGUAGCCAACUUCAUGCUGCUGCUGGUUGUUCUGGCCGUGCUGUUCUUCCACCAGCUGGUGGGUGACCCACUCAAGCGUUAUGCUCAUGCCCUUGUCUUUGGGAUCCUGCUGACCUGCCGACUGCUGAUCAUCAGACAAGCCGAUGACAGAGACAAAGAGGUGGUAGUGGGAGCGGUGGUGAAAGAAGCCGAUGGGAAGGAUGACCCUGAGCAGGAGAAAGGGAAGCUGAAAACCACCUAAAGCAGCUUACGGAGGAUUGGGACUGGGAGUCCUCACCAGCCAGCUGUCAUCCCGAGUACACAGAACCUGUUCUCCACUUCAGUCGAGCCUUGCUGAAAGUGACUGACGUACAGUUCAUGAGCAUCUGUUGACAGAGAACUGGCAGGAGUUCCUCCCCAUGACUGACAGCCAAUCCUGAUCAAUACACACCAGAGCAGAAACCAGCACCAUUGCCAUUCUACCCAGUGUCUGCAGUGAUUAUAAACUCCAAGUUCAGCUCAGUGAGAGGAAGAACUCUGUGCUGAGUGAAUGAAUUUGAGAAAUUUUAUCCUUAAACAAGUCCACACCAUCUCCCAUGUCUCUCACACACUAGAGUCAAAUGGGUUCCCAUUCCCACAACCAUGACCACCUCAAUAGGCAGCUCCUCCCAACAUUUAAGCUGGAAAGUCCACACUGAAGCCAUUGCAGGAAAUUGGAAAGUUCAAAAUAGAUAAACACGCGUCCUGGAUAGAGAGUAUGAUAGAGAAACCAACAGCAUUGUGUGUAGCAGUACCGAGGGAUCCGCCUCCUGGCUAUGCAGGUAUGUACAGGGGUGGUCACCAGGCUAGUGAUCGUCUUUUCUCCUCUUCCUUCCACUCCCUCAUUAUCUUUGUCCCGUUGUCCCAUCCCUCUCUCCCACCUUAACCUUUACCACCCUCGCUGACCCCCUUCCUCCCUCCCUCCUCUACCACCCCCUUUACUCCUCUCCUACCCAACCACUUCCCCUGAUCGACACUACCGUCUUCCUCCCCACAGCUUCUCUUCCCUCUCCCAUUCCACCCUUCCUCCCUCCUGUACCUUCUCCAAUUACCUUUACUAUUGUUCCUGGUAUGGGUCUCCAACAUCUCUUUCUCCACACACCACAAUUAUGUGUAAUUCUCACAGCACCACCUCCAUCAUUACUAAACUCAUUUGAGGAGGGCAGAUUUGUGGCCGUCAGUAGAGGCUCCAUCCUCCUCCACAACCACCGGCGCUGAUCAUUAGAUUGUAGGUUAGUUAGAGGAUAAGGCCGGGAUUCCUGGAGAAAUGUCCUCACUGGGUGAGCUAGGUAACCGAGGCCUGAUGUGCGGUGUGAUAGUUCUGUUGUCAAGCUCUGCUGUUGACUUCGAUGCAUGUCUUAGUUGCAUUUCCACUUUUUUUGUUAAUUGCAUCUCAGUUGUAACCAUGGUUUCUGAAAAUAAACCUCAAAUACACU